AUCUCUUGACUUGAGUAACGAGCGCCGUAAAGAGUGGAGCUUUGUUUUGGUUUCAUCGAUAAUGUUUGAAUUUCCACUGAUAGCAAAGUAUUUAUGUUUUCAAUGACAGAGUAAGAGGAGCAGGGAGGGUCUGUUUUGAAAAUCACAGCGGUAAAAGCUCAUUUACUGUCUCGUGAACGAUCCGUGUGGCGCUGGCGUUUGGUUCCAUGGUAACUUUGUUUAGUGGAGAUACCACACCAUGUAAUGACGAACUCAGAAUGCUGCUGGAUGGUGUGGUGAGGAUUUCCUCUUUUCUAUUAAAGUGAGACGUAAGUAACUCAGUCUCUCAGACGUACGGGUGCAGCUAUAAUCUGGUGCCAGGGAGCUGAGGUACAACCAGACGUAAACACAGGAACAUCCUCUGCUCUGCUCUGCAUCCUCUCCUGUGUGUAUGAGCCACAGAAAUGAAAUCCAGUGGAGCUCUGUUCACAAGGCAGAAUCCCUUCCCACCAGCAUCCAGAGAGGGGAAGGUCCACUACCACCCAUCCUGCAAACAGUCCCUGUCAAAAGAGAAGAAAAAGACAACAUUGAGUCCUGUACGUUUAACCCGGCUAUCCAGUCUACAAAUUCACGCCCCUAGCCAAGUGAACCAAAAAACAUCUGACAAAUACAAUCACCGUUUGGGUGGCGAAGAUAGGCAACCUGUCUUUUCAGAAUCCUGGCCCUCAACCGACUGUGGGUCAUCUCCUGCUAGCACUGCAGCCCCAUCUGACAUGGAGACACUCAAACACACUGCAAGAGCAGGGACAUCCAAAGUUUCCUCUGAGCUCGGAGUUCAGCAGGAGUCAGUGCUGGCAAAAUAUGUAGACCGUUUUCGCAAUGGUCGGCCACAGAGCCGAGAGGAGCGCCAGCAGGAGCAGCUGCCUUUCUGGUGGAUGUCGCCCUCAUCUUCACCUCCCAGUUCAACACCAACCAAAAGAGCAGAAAAAGAUCAGGUCAGCCAGCCUCUGAGAGAUGACAAUGUGUCUGACAUUUUCAGUCCAGUUGGACAGCGCCAUCAUAUCAGAUCCUCUUCUCCAUGCAAAGGUUCUCUUAGUGUUUUGUCAGACACUUCCCAGGGUGAAUUUGAUGAUACAGAGAUAUUUCACCUUCAGGAGAGGGCCAGCAGACUCCUGCUGAGAAGGGAAUGCACUCUGAGUGAUGGAUCUGUCCCUGUCAGCUCAGAGGGCCUCGGCUGCUCAAAUUUCUCUUCUCCGGUCAGCGUAGAUGAGCCAGUGCGAAGAUCUUUGAUUCCGGGUUUAAUAACAUCUACUACUGCAAAGAUCAGCUCACACUCAAAUCAAGCUGUGACCUCCCAGAAAUCUAUCAUUCCCUCUUUGGGGCCCCCCACACGCCCUGAAGAGGACAUCUUGUUCCAGUGGCGUUUAAGGAGAAAGAUGGAGCAGGCCAGGGAGUGGCCUCAGUCCCUGCAGCCCUCCAGUCGUCAUGGUACCUCAGUUAGCUGGCUGGCUUCCAGUUUACGCCAUCCCUCAGCUGGUGAACAGGCGUACGAGCAUUCUCAACAUCCUAAAUUUUCUCAGAAAGAUUUGCAUCCUCUCAUUACUGCUCCCCUGCCAGAAGCCAAAGAAGCCGUCACAUCGUUACCCACAGCUUCAGGUCCACAUGCCUCCCCUGCGUUUGUUGUCUCUGGGUCUCAACACCAGGCUGUUGCCCAUGUACCUGCCCACAUGCAUCUACUCUGCGAUAUCUUGCCCUGUCCCAUUCGACCAUCUCAUGCUGGUGCACAACAAACCAUUUCACAGAGGACAGAUGAAUUGCAGAUCAAAGUUGUCAGUAAAAAGACCCAAGUCCCUGAUAACCCAACAGAUAACUUCACUGAGGAGCCUAUUCAUGAACAUACAUCAUCCUUAAAUGCUUUAUCUGGAGAUGUUGAAGAAGAGUUGCCUCUUCACAAUAAAACUUCUGAGACUUACAAGAAAGCUCAGAAAAAAGAGUCAGAGAAGAGGACAGCAGCGACCAUCAGAAAGCAAAAGAAAUCAACAAGAUAUGCUGUGGCCAAGGAACAUGCUGAUGUCCCGAGCUCUUUAAAGAGGAGUUCUUCACAACACAGACUUCCCAAAAAGGUAAUGCCUUUGGUAGAGCUGCAGCAACAGGAGCGAAGCCAGAGGUUUUUUUCCACUGAGAGCUGCGCUGGCGAACAUGCAACUCCACCUUCUCCAGUCCGCAGGGCCUUGGGAAAGGUAGUUUCAGAGGUACUCUUUCCCACAAUGGAUUCAUCAACUGCUCGAGGGUCCCCCGACUCUCCUGCUUCUCCUCCUUUCACCUCUUCUGCACCUCCAGGAUCCACAGUUCCUCUGUGCAACACGCAGAACUCUGUGGAGGUCAUUUCACAGCUGCUGCAAGAAGCUGAAGAUUCAGAUGAAAAGGAGUUUGAAGAUGACACUUUAUUACAAGUCCUUCGGAAACAAAGAAAAUGGGUGAAAGAGCAGAUCAGUGAAGUGGAAUCUAUGUUGACUGAAUUCCCGGACGAGCAUCAAGUUACAUCAACAUCAUCCAGAGGCACAUGACACAAUCACUUUUUUUUAUU